CCGUUCGCGCCUCUCAAAGCACGAGCACUUCCAGCGCUUCCUGUGCCACUUGUUUGCGACUGUUGCUGCUACGGCCUUCACUGCCUUCACGCCGGCUGGUCGCCUAUUUCCACUUGUGCACAGCUCUUGGGCUGCAUUGUUUCAGUCAUGGCCACAUACCACCUGGUGAUGCUGAGGGACUAUGGCUACGUGGUGCUUGUUGGAGUGGGCUCUGUCGUCGUCAACAUGUGGCUCGCCUUCCGUGUCGGAAGUGCACGGAAGCGAUUUGACAUCAAGUACCCAACCAUGUACUCGGACACCAACAUCGCCUUCAACUGCAUCCAGAGAUCGCACCAGAAUUUCCUUGAGAACUACCCACAGUUCCUGAUGCUGCUGUUCCUCGGUGGAUUAGAGUAUCCGAAAUUCGCUGCCUGCUCCGGACUAGUGUACCUGGCCGGUAGGAUUGUCUAUGCCAUCGGGUACUCCACAGGAGACCCAUCCAAGCGGAUGCGUGGCAGUUUCCAGUACUUCGGCAUGUUCGCCUUGCUCGGACUGACUGUGCGCCAGGGACUGCUCAUGCUGGGAUACCUCUAAGGUGGCCGCUGCUCCCAACUGUGGCGGGGCGGCCUAAGGAUCUGGCAUGGAAACACCGCAGUUGCAGUGUGCCGAUACCAGAGCUGACCUCUUGCGAUUCGAGGACUGGACGACAUGCACCUGCUGUGCACCUUCAAGGCCAUUGGGUGGCAACACUUUUUCUAUGCACCAAUGCGAGGAAAAAAUGUGGAUAUUCUACAGAUUGUGGGCAACGGAUGUGUUGCCCGGGGCAAUAGCAAAAUUCUAAUGGAAACUGAAACAAAGAAAAAGGAAGUAACUUGGAGCUAAGGGGGGUGCUGUGUAGAUUCCUGUCCACUUUUUCAAUGCAAUAAAUUUUUUGCUUUGUCUACAA